CUCAACCCCACCAGUGCGAACUUGAUUAUUCAAUACUGCCAAAGUACAAAAUAAAACUCCCUUGGAUCCAAUAAUACAGUAGCCAUUUCAAUUCCCUCAACCAAUCAUGUCUCGUCCUGGAGUAUCCCGUACCGCAUCGACCAAUCUCGCCAGCGGAAAUGGUCACAGAGUGUUAGAGGGAAAGAUUGCUGUCGUCACCGGUGCUUCUAGAGGUAUCGGCGCCGCAACAUGUGAGAACCUCGCAUCCAAGGGUUGCUCAAUCAUCAUGAACUACACCUCGGACUCGUCGGAAGCCAUCACCAACGAACUGGCCGAGCGACUCCAGAAAGAGCACGGAAUCAAGGCAUUGCCAGUACAAGCCGACAUGGGCAGCGAAAACGGUCCUGCCCACCUCAUCGCCACAGCUCUGAACCACUUUGCCCACCCAAAGACUCGCAAACUGCAGAUUGACAUCAUCAUUAACAAUGCUGGCGUCGCGUCGAACCGCUCCAUUGAGAAGUGUGAUGCCGAAGACUUUGACUUUGUAUACCGCGUCAAUGUCAGAGGUCCCCUGUUCCUCAUGAAGGCUGCAUUUCCAUACUUGCCUAAUGAUCGCAGUGGUCGCAUUGUCAAUGUCAGCAGUGUCAGUGCUAGCUGCGGCUUCAGUGAGCAGAGUGUCUAUGGAGGCUCCAAGGCUGCCGUAGAGGCAAUGACCCGUACAUGGGCACGCGAGUUGGCCGAGAGAACCACCGUCAAUGCCAUCAACCCUGGUCCUGUCCUGACAGACAUGUGGAGCGGCGUCUCCAAAGAGUUCCAAGAAGGUAUUGCACCCUGGCUCAAGAACACACCCCUGGCAGCCGUCCGUCCUGGCGUCGAUAGUGAGGAUCUGGUCAAGGGAGCCGAAAUCGCUGGAGGUCGUCCGGCAUACGAGUCCGAGACUGCUGGAGUCAUUGCAAUGCUCUGUACUCCUGACGCUGCAUACACCACUGGUAGCGUCAUCUCAUGUAACGGAGGCUUCAAAUUUAGCACAUAGAUGAUUGUGGCGAGUGGCAGCAUGAUAAAGUGACAAUGCCACGCAUCGAUGGUCGCUCUCGUUAGGACAACCGUUGCGACGUAGUGACACGAAACUCCGAUCGGAUGGAGUACAUAGAAAUGAUACAAUAAAGCUUACCACUGGCUUUGGUCAGGGACACUAUGCUCCAAGAUCACUUGCUUCAGUACCCAAUCUUCUGUUUCAUGCCUGAGAGGACUCCUCCCCAAGAAUGCAAGUGUGUAUAGCGUAACUUCAUAUAGCGUGUUGCGCAAAUGCAGACCAAUCUAUGAUCUACUAAACCUAUUCAUGCGCAGCGUGAAGUGCAUAGUGUACUCAUGAUAAUGAUACUUUCCGUGUAAGUGUAUUUCGGUCAAAGGUGACGAAUCACAAAGCCUGUUCAAUCGUUGCUCUCAUCCACAAUCGACCCAUCCGACGUACCUAGCAACUU